UUAACAAAAAUCUGCCCAACUGUCUUUUUUUCUAAUUUUCUAGUUGAUUCCAGAAAACAGCAAGCAUGGCCGGUGGAUUACCAAUAAUUAUUCUCAAUCAAAAUACUAAGAGAGAGUCUGGAAGAAAAGUCCAGAUAGGAAAUAUUGAAGCCGGCAAGACAGUUGCUGAUAUCAUUCGAACAUGUUUAGGCCCAAGGAGCAUGUUAAAGAUGUUGAUGGACCCUAUGGGUGGCAUUGUUAUGACGAAUGAUGGGAAUGCUAUUCUUAGAGAGUUGAAUGUACAACACCCAGCUGCCAAGUCCAUGAUAGAGGUAGCAAGAACUCAGGAUGAAGAAACAGGCGAUGGAACCAAAUCAGUUAUCAUAUUAGCUGGUGAGGUCUUAUCAGUGGCUGAGUUAUUUAUCCAUCAACAGAUGCAUCCUACUGUGAUUAUAGCUGCAUAUAGACAAGCUUUAGAAGACAUUCUAGAAGAUCUGAAACAUAAAAUAGCUGUUCCAGUUGAUACAUCAAACAAGGAAGAAAUGCUCAAAAUCAUCAGUAGCUGUUUAGGAACUAAAUUUAUUAGCAAAUGGAUGGAUUUGGCCUGUUCCAUAGCCUUGGAGGCCACAACUACAGUUGCCACUGAAGAAAAUAAUAAAAAGGAAAUUGAUAUCAAGCGCUAUGCUAAAGUUGAAAAGAUUCCAGGAGGGCUUAUUGAAGAUUCCAAAGUGUUGAAAGGUGUCAUGUUCAACAAAGACAUUACACACCCCAAAAUGAGGAGGCGAAUUGAAAAUCCAAGAAUUCUCUUGUUGGACUGCAACUUGGAAUAUAAGAAAGGAGAAAGUGUGACCAACAUUGAAAUUCAAAAGGAGGAAGAUUUUUCGAAAAUCUUAAAGAUAGAAGAGGAAUUUAUUGAGAAGAUGUGCAAGGAGAUCAUUGCUUUGAAGCCAGAUCUUGUCAUAACAGAAAAGGGUGUUUCUGAUUUAGCGCAGCAUUAUUUGGUGAAAGAAAACAUUAGUGUCAUUAGACGAGUGAGAAAAUCUGACAAUAACAGAAUUGCAAGGGCAUGUGGAGCUAAUAUUGCUAACAGAACUGAUGAACUCAAAGAGGAAGAUAUUGGAACUGGGUGUGGUUUAUUUGAAAUACAAAAAAUUGGUGAUGAGUAUUUCACAUUCUUGACUGAGUGCAAAAAUCCAAAGGCAUGUACUAUCCUCUUAAGGGGUGCCAGUAAGGACAUUUUGAAUGAAGUGGAGAGAAACUUGCAAGAUGCCAUGAAUGUUGCACGCAAUAUAAUGUUGGAUCCAUACUUGGUACCUGGUGGAGGAGCUACAGAAAUGGCUCUUGCUCAGGCCUUGAAUGAAAGAGCCAAGAGCAUUACAGGAGUUCAUCAAUGGCCUUACCGUGCCAUCUCCAGAGCUCUGGAAGUUAUUCCACGUACAUUGGUUCAGAACUGUGGUGCCAACUGUAUUCGCACCCUUACAUCUCUAAGGGCUAAACAUUCUCAACCCAACAAUACUAGUUGGGGCAUUGAUGGUACAACUGGUAACUUGGUUGAUAUGAAAACUUUUGGUGUCUGGGAGCCCAUCUCUGUAAAGCAGCAGGUUUACAAAACAGCUAUUGAGACUGCAAUACUUUUGUUACGUAUUGAUGACAUUGUGUCUGGUGUGAAGAAACAAGGUUCUGGUGGUGCGGCUGCUGCUCCUCAAGGUGCCCAGCCUGCUGAAGGAGCUGAACAGUAGAAUGUGGAGGAUGUCUAUGUAUUGUGUGCUUAUUUAAAGAGUAAAUGUGUCUGUGAUUUGUUUUCAGUGACACUCCACCUUACACAGAACUAGAAAUAUUUUUGAUUAAGAAAUAUGAACAAAAUUUGUAUUUCAAUAAUGAAUAUCAUACAUAAAAUUUUUGGAUUAUUACUGAAUUUUCUUUUUUUUUUUAAUACUUCUGAAUUUGUAUUAAAUUUCCAACUAAAAAUCUAAUAAAUCUUGUUUUUAGUUUAAUUUUGUUGUUCAGAUACUGAUAUAAAUAUGAGUUGUGUAGCUGAAAUGUGUAUACAUUCACUAUUCUUUUUUUAUACUUGCUCUGUACAUUCAGUGAAUAAGAUUUUAUCAACAAUUUCCCAGUUUGACAUUAGAGAUGUCAUAAUUUAUAUGAAUUCACAAUAUUCUCUUCCACAAAUCUGGACUAGGUUUCCUUAAUGCACAAUCUUUUAAUACAAAAAUCUCAACCAUAAUGAAUUUUCAGGAUUAUUAGUAAAGAGUAUUUUUAAAAGUAAUUGACUUCUUAAAGUACUACAUUCUACUAGAUGUUAAAAGACCUACUGUACAACAUUAAUUUAAAAAAUGAAAUACAUGUGAACAGGAGCUUAAAUUUAACACAAAAAAAAUAAGAAAGCUUAUAUGGAGUGUAAUUGUAAAAAAAAAAACAACUAAAGCUUAUAAAUGGAAUGUAAUUAUAUCUGUAUUGUAAUUAAAUUUGUAAUAGAACUAGACCAACAAAAAUUAAUUCUUGCGAUUAGAAAUAUAUAUUUUUACCAAUA